AAAUGGCUUAUACGCGUCGAUACGGCCUCAGCCGGCGGUAUGAAAAUAGCUCAUAAAUAAUUUGCGUAGUAACGACAAAGAAGAGAUUACCCUACUCAAAGGUCUAUAACUUUAAUUAUUAUGACUGAGAGAAAGUUUGAACUCGCCAUCGUUCUUGAUGCCUUCAAAAAAACACUUCAAGAAGACGGAAGCCUUGUCAUGGACGAAUACAUACGAGGAUAUGGAGAACUUUGUAUAUUUUUCGAUAUGCUUGGGACUGUGUUUGGAUUCAUUACAUCGGAUGUGAGAGAAAAAAUGGGCAUUCUUCAAGAUUAUCGAAAGUCAAAACACGGAGAGAAGUAUGUGUUCAUUCAAGCAAUGCUUGAUUUUGAAAUCGAAAAUGAUUUGACACGGAAAACAACGCACCCUCUGUCAGGAUCAAGAACUCUUCUAAGAUUGCACCGGGCUCUUGCUUUCACUAUGCUCUUCAUGAGUAAAUUAAGCCAAUCAACAGACGACGAUUCCUCUUAUUACAUGGCUAAAGAUGCUUAUAAUGAAUCUUUGGCUAACUUCCAUCCGUGGAUAAUUCGAAAGGCGGCAUUAUGGGCUAUGUACACAUUGCCGAAAGUCGGAGAUUUCAUCAAGAAAAUUGCACAACCAAACAUGGAUAAGGGCAAAACCAAGCAGUUAUUGAAAGAAGUUACAGAUGCAAUGAAACAAGUUUACGAUUUUACAGAGGAACUUUACACCAAGCAUAAUCUGCAUGACCUUCCUUAAUCGAGAGCAACCAGAUUAAAAUGUUGCUAUAAUGGGAUUUUUGAUAUUACUUGUGGUUAUUCUCCCUAAAAGUAGCAUGUAUCUAGUAAAUAUUUUAUGAAAAAACUAAUUAUCAUUUUUUUGGCUCAGA